UCUUCCCGCUGCAAAAUGAUCAUAUUAUAUAAACACAGUAUUAAUAGCUCGUACUUUUGUUUGACCUCUCAAAACUUUCCAUAUAUAGUUUAAAAGACGCACCAAUUACUAGUUUUGCAGUGUCAUUUCUUGAAUCGAGUGUCCUCUUAUAAUAUUCACUUCAACAACUUCCUACUUCAUUGUGUUUCCCACCAGUCUUCUACAGUUCCAUCCAUUGUUUUCUCACUCAUUUACGCCCCCUUUUGCAGUCAAAGAUUCUUCCUAAUUUAGUGACUAGUUGUCCAAAGGAUUUUCACUUUCUUCACCUCUGAUUUUUGUAGCCAUGACAUCAAAAACACUUUCUUCUCCAAACACCAGUCUAAGAUGGACACCCCAGAAGAACAAACUGUUUGAAAAUGCCUUGGCAAUAUAUGAUAAGGACACCCCUGACCGUUGGAACAACAUAGCUAUGUUUGUUGGAGAAACAGAAGCUGAAGUCAAGAGGCAAUAUGAGAUGCUCCUUGAGGACAUAAAAAGCAUUGAGUCAGGCAAAGUUCCCCUCCCUGCUUACAGGAGAAAUGCUGGAUGUACCAAAGUAAGCAUCAGCAAUGCAGAGCAAAGGUAACAUAUGUUGUUCCCUCGUUAGCAUU